AUGCUACAAGACGGGGACCUUGUAAAAUACAAUGAAGAUGGAUCACUUGACUUUGUUGGAAGGAAAGAUUUGCAGGUCAAAAUUAACGGCCAACGUAUUGAGCUCGAAGACAUCGAGCUCCAGAUCGCAAAGAAGUGCUCGGAGCAAUGGACUGCCGCUGUAGAGGCUUUCAGACCCGCUGGAAGUUUAGCGCAGCAAAUGAUUGUAGCAUUCUUCUGGCCAACAAAGUCUUCUUUGAACUCGCAGGCAUCUCCCACUCCUCUUUUAGAGAUGACCGAUGAGAUGACCGAUGAGAUGCAGCUCGAGACGCUUAGAUUGAAGAACGACUUAGCCCAACUUCUCCCUGCCUACAUGAUUCCGUCAGCUUAUGCCCCUCUCAACUGCAUGCCGACAACAACUACGGGAAAGCUUAAUCGGAAGGCAUUGCGUAGAUUAGGUGAAAGCAUAUCAAAUACUCAGAUGAUACAGUACACUCUUGGGCUAUCUAGUUCUGAGAAAGGGCAACCUCGAAAUGACAAAGAGACAACAUUCCAGAAGUUGUGGUCUUCGAUUUUGAAAAUCUCAUCAGAACUCAUUGGUAUCGAAGACGACUUCUUCCAACUUGGAGGCGAGAGUGUUGCCGCUAUAAAACUGGCUGCUGCUGCACGGAGAAUAAAUUUACAGCUCACUGUUGCUGAUAUCUUUCGACGCCCUGUGCUAUCAGACAUGGCUUUGUCCACUGAAAUCCUAAAACAGGACCACAAAUUAUUACCAGCCAUGCACCGCGGAUCACAACUCACGGCACAUUUGUACUUGGCUACAGAAGGAUAUGCUAGAAGUAACCAGAAGGAAAUGUGA